AUGCCGCCCGACACGGAGCCGCUUCUCGGGGUCCGACACAGGACCUACAGACGACGAUGGUUUAUUCUGCUCGUCACCUGCAUCCUCGCCUGCUCUAAUGCCAUGAACUGGUUGUGUUUUGCACCCAUUGCAAGUGAGACAGCCAGGUAUUUCAAAAUUUCCACGGAUCAAGUCAAUUGGCUAUCGAUGGUUUACCUUAUUGUUGGUGUACCAUUUGGCUUUGGAACGACAUGGUUGCUGGACACCCUUGGAAUUAAAGUUGCAUUGAUAUUAAGCUCAUGGCUGAACAUGGCUGGCUGUAUGGUGCAGUUCUUUAGUGUUGCUCUCUUCAUACCCAAAGACAACUGGAAAUUUCCUGUAUUGAUGAUAGGUCAAACUCUGUCGGCACUGGCACAGCCCUUGGUUCUGUUCUGUCCAACAAAGUUGGCUGCUCUUUGGUUUCCAGAACAGCAGAGAGCAACAGCAAACAUGAUUUCAUCAAUGGCUAAUCCAUUGGGUAUUCUCUUUGCCAAUAUACUUUCACCUUUGCUGGUAACGAGGCAGUCAUCUUUUGCUACACUGCUUGGAGUAUAUUCUGUUCCUGCUGUUAUUGCUUGUUUAUUUGCAUCAGUGGGAAUUCGUACGAAAGUGCCCCCAACACCUCCAUCGCUUGGUGCAUUCAACUCUACCUCUGAACCCUUUCUCACCGGAAUGCGAAUGUUAUUAAAGAACAAGGCCUACCUCAUUUUGAUGACGAUGUUCGGUGGAGGAAUCGGAAUUUUCACUGCUUUUUCUGCUCUUUUGCAGCAGAUUUUGUGUGUCAAAGGAUACUCUGACAGUUUUGCUGGAUUGUGUGGAGCUUUAUUCAUUGUGUGUGGAAUUCCUGCUGCUUUCUUCCUUGGAUUGUAUGUGGACAGGACGAAAAACUUUGUGGAAUCCACAAAAAUUAACUUUUGUUUAACUGCUUUAGCCAGCAUUGCUUUUGCACUGGUAUCUCAUUUGAGGGGACAGUUCUAUGCACUGCCUAUAGUGUGUUCCCUUUUUGGAUUGUUUGGAUUUUCAAUCUAUCCAGUUAGCAUGGAGCUAGGUGUGGAAUGUUCCUACCCAGUUGGAGAAGCAACCUCUGCAGGAUUUAUCUUCAUAUCUGGGCAACUACAAGGAGCUUUAUUCAUUGCUCUUUUCAGGGCACUUGCCCAGCCGGUCAAAACUGAUGGUUUGUUCUCAACUUGCGAAGUAGAACCAGGAAAGGUAUUAGAUUGGACAGUUUCAACAUUUGUGAUGGCCGGCAUUUGCACCCUGGCAGCCUGCUGCUUUGUAAUCUUCUUCCAUACAGAGUACAAACGAAUGAACGCUGAAGAAAAUGACAAGAACAUUAAUGGUGACAAACCUGAAACAGGAUGACUGGACAUUGACCUGAGGAGCCUCCUACGCAAACAUUAUUUUUAAACGUUUGGAAAAGAGUUUUUAACGUGAAUAUUUAAAAAUAGGAUUACAUGGAAAAAGCACCUUUUUUAAAGCAAAGAAUUUUAUGAAUCGGAAUCUUAUUUUUCAUUAAAAUAUCAAUGAGCUAAUAAGGCACAUAUUAGCUGUGCAGUUCUUGGUUGAAACUUGCUUGUGAUUGGUAUUUCAUACACAAGAGUGGAUGCAAUUUGAAAUUUCUCAGGCAAAGUAUGUGUACAGCAAAAUUGAUGUGUCCCAUCACACAAUAAGGAAGCUUACUGAAUGAUAGUUUCAAAGUAUUGACCUUGUGAUAGAAUUUGACCUUGUGAUAGAAAGUGACCAACACAGGGAAGACUCUGUGUGACUCUCAACCUCAUUUCAGUUUUUUUGAGUUGAAAAAGAAGUUGGCUCUUCUGCCAACUCCUUUUGUGAAAGGGUUAAUUUGUAGGUAUCUGAGGAAGCCUUAAAAAAGAGCGAUGGUAAGAUUCCCGGUGUGUGUUUAGCUCGGAUAGCAUUAGAGCUGACUGGCUGGGUUUCACUGAGUUUCACUGAUGCGCCAGGGUAUUCUGACCAUCAGCAAUGCCUGAGAUCACCGCAGCUCUAUCUGAUCACAAUGGCUGCUUUUUAUCAGAGCCAGUGCAAAACCCUAUAGAGGUAUCCUUAACCACCCACCCGCCCCUCCUCCCGGAAUUAUUAGCGUCACUAGUUAUUAACAUCAGUCAAUGCAUUUGGUUGAUUUUGAUCCUAUUGUAAGAGGUUCUCAUUCCCCCCUCCUCAUAGUGCUGCUGCCGCACAUGUUUAAGCAGAUUGACGCAACGCUGAGGGUAGGUGUCAGGUUGUGCUGUCCUGGGAUGCUGUUCCCUGCCAAACAGCCCUGUCAGCUGCAGAGCUCAUGAUGGUGGGAGUCGGUCAGAGAGGAGAGGACGCAAUCUGCACCCAUCCCUGCCCUGACUGAUCCUGCCCUGCCCUGGCUGACCCCGCCUUGGUGGGCCCUGCCUUGUUUCCCUAGAGAUGUCCCACUGUUUUUCUUUCAUCAUGUGUUUAAUAGUGCCUGUCAAAUGCUUCCCAUUAAAAGUAUUUUCUGUGCAAAUGUGCAAUAUAUGUCUUAAAUGUCAGCUUUCAAAGUGAACAACAAACAUUAUGUUAAAAUUGUUCAGGUUUUGGGUAAUGUUGACCUGCAGAUAUUGAUUUGUGUAAUGGUAUUUCAAAAGGACAGGUGUACAGCAAUGUAUGUUGUAACAGUUCUGAUUAACGAUAUGUGUUUCAAAAGGAGCGAAUAUUAGCAAUUUUGUUCCACGUCUGCAAUGGAAUUGCCUUUUGUAGUAAUUGACGUGUGACAGACCCACUGUUUGUUAUAACAACUGGAUUGUAAUGUGGGCAGAUUGGAGUUCUCAGUUGAAGUCGAUGAGAUUUGACGUUCUGAGCUGGACUUUCUUGUAAAGGGCAAACUGAAGUUUGCAAUGUAAAACUGAGAAAUGUAUUACUUGAACUAAUCACACAGAGCUCAAAGUAGCGACAACAAUAACAAAAUUACAUUUGUAUAGCGCCUUUCACGUCAGGAGGACGUCCCAGGGCGCUGAGGGUCAAGUUGCCCUCCCACCGGGUUACAUUACAGAAUAUAUAAUAGGUGCUACUGAAUGGUAUGUUUUUCAUGACAAGUGAUUGAUGUUUUCUCCAGCUUAACUUUACAAAAGCAAGAAAAUAUCUUAACCAACUGACAAUAAAUGAGAUCUGAA